CCCCUACUCCCACUCUUCCCCUCCCCACCCCCACCUCACUCCGCCGCCGCCGCCGCCACCCCAUGUCGCCGACGACGCCGCCACCGCCGCCGCCGGAAACCUAGCCAGCCAGCCAUCCAGCAAACUGCGAACCCCAACAAUGCCGCGCUCGUCGACCACCCGCCCCGCCGCCCCCGUCCGCCUCCGCCGCAGGCCGCUGAAAACCCCCCUCGUCGUUGCUGCCGCUGCCGCCUCAUCGUCCGCCGCCGUGGGGCUGCCCCGCGGGGGCGGGCCGGGCACGCCGCACCUGCGGUGGGGCGCCGGGGAGCGGGAGGAGGAGGAGAACGGCGGGGAGAAGGGGAAUGCGGUGGGGGCGCCCGGCCGCCGCUCCGUGAGGCGGCUCGCCGCGGCGGUGUGGCGGCUGCGGCCGGCGGAGGAGGCGCCUCCUCCGGCUUCCCGCCACGCCGCGGAUCGUGCCUGCCUCGAGCAUAUACCAAGGCAUCUACAAGUCCAACUACUUAGGAAGGAUCAUGUUAGCACUCGAUAUGGCCUGAAGAAUGAGACUUCAAGCCCCAUAUCUGUCUUGGAACGACAUAGUGGAGAGCUCCACAAGGGCCAACUUCAUCUUGCUUCAGACGUGUUGCCUAUAACCAGCUUGGAGAAUGUAACAAAGUGGGAGCCUGACGGCAUAGAGGGGAUAGAAUCAGAUGGUGCCUAUGUGAUCGCCAGCCAACUAAAUCUCAUUGAAGAACAGAAAGGGGAAAAUUAUGUAUCGAACCUCCAGGUGGAGCUUCAACAGACACGGGAUAGGGUCGGCAAGCUAGAAGCUGAGCGGAUUUCAGCCAAGAAGCAACUUGACCACUUGUUCAAGAAACUGACAGAGGAGAAAGCAGCUUGGCGGAAGAGAGAGCACAAGAAGGUUCAAGCCAUUCUUGAAGAUAUGAAGGCAGACCUUGAACAUGAGAAGAAGAACCGUAGGCAACUAGAGAAGAUUAACAUAAAGCUUGUUGAUGAGUUGAAGGAGGUCAAAAUGGCAGCAAACAAUCUGUUGCAGGAGUAUGACAACGAGAGGAAGACACGUGAACUCACUGAGGAGGUGUGCACCAAGCUGGUGAGGGAGUUAGAGGAACACAAGGCCGAGAUUGAAGGCCUGAAGCAAGACUCUCUGAAACUGCGUGCAGAGGUGGAUGAGGACAGAAAAUUGCUGCAGAUGGCUGAGGUGUGGCGUGAAGAGCGUGUGCAGAUGAAACUUGUUGAUGCUAAACUCACCCUUGAAGCCAAAUACGAAGAGUUGAGCAAACUGCAACUAGAUGUUGAGGCAAUCAUCGCCUCUUUCAGUGACACCAAGGGAGACGAUACCAUAGUACAAACAGCAAAAAACAUCUUACAGUCAAUUGAAUCAACCAGGGAACAGGAGAUCAAAUUCACGUAUGAACCACCACCAGCAUCGGAUGAUAUACUAGCAAUCAUUGAAGAGUUACGCCCUAGUGAAGAGCUCGAGACAAGGGAAACUGAACCAUGCCAUAAGCACAACUCUCCAGUACACGAAUCAGAAAACCAGCAAGAUUCCCCAAUGACUGACAUAUUCCUGGAGAACCCAACCAAACUGUACUCAAAUAGAAGCCAUUACAAUGAGAGUGACAUGGGUGAUUCCAGCAGCUGGGAAACCAUAAGCAAUGAAGAGAUGCAGGGGUCGAGCUCUUCAAGGAAUGGAAGCGAACCUUCAGUCAACAAGAUAUGUGACAAGAUUUCCUGGACCAGUGGGGAUGAUUCUGAGGCUGGGCAGAAUGACAACCUGAGUGGUGAGUUGAGCAAGGCCUACUUCGCAGACAGAAAACCAUCCAAGAAGAAAGAGUCAGCCAUAUCAAAGUUCUGGAAGUCAUCCCCUCUGAAAAACUGCGAAAUCUUCAAGAUAGAUGUCGUGGAGAUGAUGAACAGGAGAUCAUCGAACGAAAGGCUGUCAAAUGGCAUGCAUUCUUCGAACGAAGGCGCCAAUCAAGAUGCAGGACUCAGCUCGCCAAGUAUAGGGCAAUGGAGCUCACCUGACUCGAUGAACAGCCAACUCAACCGCGGGUUCAGAGGCUGCAUGGAGCUGGUUCAGAAGCAGAGCUUAAAGGCGAAGCUUCUAGAAGCUCGGAUGGAGAGCCAGAAGAUCCAGCUCCGCCAUGUGCUCAACCAGAAAACCUAGAACUGCAAGAAUUGAAGAGCGACAGGCACUUUUAACCCUGCAAUUUACAGCAAGAAAUAAGGCCAGGCACACGAUUUACUCCAUUUUCUCUUGUGCAUUGUAGCAUGUAGCCUAGUCUCCUGUACUUUUAGUCUUUUUACUCCAUAGAAAUGAAUAGCUAGCUGGUUGUAGCCUUGUAGUGGUAGGCAGCCUGGCAGUAGUUGAUGUUGUCGUAUUGUUGUAGUACUGAAUUCUGCUUGGAUGCGUAACGUAGCAACAUAAUACAAGCAGCAUUUUUCAGACAAAGUUCAGCAUUGUCAAUGAAAAUUUGUAAUCUCGAUCUCUCCCCAUCGUUAAAGCUCUAAUUCAGAUCGGCUUUCGUGUUUU